UUUACGUUCGUAAGUCAAUCGUACGCGAAUCACAAUAGUCAUUACAUACACAAAAAAAUAGAAAUUCCCAGUGUAAUGUUAACUAUAGAGCUUUAAAAAAAUGUUGUGGUACUUACCAUGGUCUGAAAGCAUUAAGAAGAGAGCCUGUAGAUAUCUUUUACAGCGUUAUUUGGGUAAUUUUCUUGAACAGAAACUUACUUUAGAUCAGCUGAGCGUCGAUUUAUACAAUGGUACUGGGACAGUGUGCGAUGUUAGCCUUGAUUGUCAGGCUCUCAAUGAAUUAGGGGACUCGCAAAACUGGCCAUUACAAAUAGUUGAUGGUUAUAUGCAAGAGAUCACUGUCACAAUCCCAUGGUCGACUCUGCUAAAAGAUGACUCUAUUGUUGAAGUUAAUGGUCUCUCAGUCACAGUUCAACCCAAAGUGCGGGCUGAGCCAGCGUCAUCAAUGUUGGAAUCAAUGUGGUCUUCAAUGUCAUCGUCCAUGCAGCUAGCUGCAGAGUGUCUCCGUGACGAAGAUGGCCCUCAAGAAACACAUGCUGUUGAAGGAAUUGAAAUGUUUGCACACGCUAUUGAUUCAAUUCUGAGCAGGGUGAAAGUGAAAUUCAUAAAUACAAAAAUAAGGAUAGAGCAUGUACCCAAGAAUGGCAACAGAGGAAUAGCACUAGAGAUUCACGUAAAGAAUAUCAAUUAUUUCGACGAAGCUGGUGCUGAACCAGCACCUGAUGUGACAAAUCCAGAAAAGACUAAGACAUACAUCGUAGCUACUUACACCAACAAAAAAAUCAAGUUUGACGGUGUGGCUCUUUAUACUGAUGAGUUUCCAUCGAAAUUGAGAACUAUGUCGCGGAGCCUUAUCAUGGAAAAGUCUGUUUCUUCUCAACCAGAUAAAACUGAACAUAAUCCAUUUGAAACAACAGACAUAAAUUGUCAGAGUAUGGCUUCGGAUGUCUUCUAUGAAACAAGGAGUGUUUUAUCCACGAUAGAGCCAGAACUAGCAGGAGAAACUGUAACAACGUCAAGGAAUAGCACGAGUACAUCAGAAUUGUCACCAGAUGACAAAAUUAAUCAGCCCGAUCCGAUCCUUCUUGCAAAGAUAACUGGACAACAAGAGUUGUCGAUGAAGAUAAAGCAUACAGAUGAAGUGGAGGGCCCCAAAAUUGAAAUUAGAGUGUUGCUAGGAUCACUGGUGGCUUUCGUGUCUCCAAGGCAGCUCCACACCAUGACUGAGCUGAUUGACGCAUUGAAUCAACCACAUCUAGAAGAUACAAGCAACAUACCGAUGCGUUCAAACAGUGUAAACAUGCAAUGCAAACCGAUGCGACCGGUGGAUUUCCAGCUAAUAGAGGCUCAGCUGUUGGGUAACUUUGAAAGGCAAUACUCAAAACCAUCGAACAUGUACGGAUGGUCCGGUCCUAAUUAUGAAGAGAACGAGUCAGAAAACGAAAAGUUUCUCCCGAUGACGUCAGCCGGCAACCAGUUGAGCGAGAGCUUCUCGUCUACAGCCAGCUCGAUGAGCGCCAGUAUAUCUUCGAGCGUGAACCUGCCGACCAUGCAGCCUCGGAUCAAGAGAAACAAAAAGGUUCCGCAUAUCGAUGGCGAUCCAACAGCCGAAGUGUCGCACGUCAGUCUGAGACUCUCAUCGGUAUCCUGCGUUCUCUUACACAAGGAUAUUCUGGUCUUCACAUCAAGCGGCUCUGAUUGCAUUUCCCCGAGCAGCGCUAAAAAAAUGCAAGAAGCGAGCGAGAGCUUUUUCGAAGACCUACAACCCUCACCGGCGCACGACAGCGACGUAUUCGAUUCAAUAAACAAAGCUAUAGAUAAAGCUACCGAGAGAAAUCAUUUGAGGUUGUUGUCGUCUGAAAUAACCCUGGACGGGAGCGAGAAGGUGACGUCACACGGCAGCCAGACCGUCUGCGAGGCGGCUGUCAGACAUCUCCUGGUGAGGGAGCGUCUGCAUCAUCCGUGCACGGACAGCGACGACGGCAAACCCAAAAGCUACGACCUAGUGCGCUUUGAAAAUAAAGAAGACUGCGAUGGCUCGAGUCAAAGAAGUACAGCGAACUCGCUUGCCAACAUCAGGAUUAAUUUCAAGCAAACAUCCAAAUAUGUCAAAAUAUCCGGAGAAAACAAACUGGUUUAUCCUACCACUGAUAUUGUAGUCAAAUGCACACCGUUUUAUAUAGAUGUCGACUUGACGGUGAUCGAUAGAAUGUCAGCAACGUUCUUCGGGGGCUCAUCUUCUGUCCCAAACGCUCCGGCCGCGCCCCCACCCUCACAGAACCAACUGAACCUGACACUCCAAUGUCCUGAUCUCAGCGCUAUACUUAGGUUCCCGAUAGCGGAUCUCCGUGCUGGUAUCGACCACGAGACUCGUCGGGUGCGACCCGACUACCUCACGUUCAACUUCCAGAACGCCACGAUAAGCUCCAGCCAAUCGCCGAGCAUACGACCCCAGCCGACGACAAUGACAGUGAAAUCCACGUGUUUGGAUGUGUACUAUCAUGAAAAUGACAUUUUGCCGGCAACGCAUAUAGCACGUGCCACGAUUGACAACAAUCCAUUUGAAGGCGACAUUUUGAGAGGACACACCGCAACUGCACCUUUACCAACAAUCUCAUUGACAUUUAAACCUCGGAGCCCUAGUAAGGGUCCGUUCGACUCGCUCACGGACGAGAGCUCCUUCGAACCGGCCGCGAAUACAAUGACAACGUCAAUGUACAUCAUGAACAACUUGCACAACUCAUCGCCGAGCCCGUUCAGCGGAAAGAAAACCGCUCAUCAGAGCGUUACUAAGCACGAGGGCGGACCUCAGCAAGUUUCAGAUCAAGAAGAAGAACUAAUAGUUCCAGGUAACGACGAAGAAAUGUCCGAAUUCACAACGAAUUCAAUAGAUUUAUCUUUGAUACACCUCGAAUUCGAUCUGCCUAUAUUGAGUUUGCAGUUAGAAUCGAAACAGCUAUACGAGAUAAUCUACAAUCGUAUUAAUUCGGAUUUAUUGCUGUGGGAGCCCCACGUGACUAGCGAAGAGGAAUUCAACAAGCUUGCAUGCGGUCCUAUAAAUCCAGCCUUCGGUACCUGUAAGGGAAGCGGUUAUGAUUCCGAUUCGAAUAGCACGUCAUCGGAGGAAGAGCACAACUUGUACUACUCAACGUACGAUAAUAGAUUCAAGAAAGGCUUAACUAACAAUAAACCGGAGUACGAAACCAGAGACACGCACAAUUUCUGUUUGACCUUCAAAGUUGGCAAAGGGUUGCUCACAAUCUAUUCUCCAGUUAGGGACAGCAACAAACGCGUGGUUCCAGGUCAAAUGGGCGAAUUGGUACUCGAAGCUCACAACCUAUCGAUGUGCCACGUCAGCGGUCUGAAGGGCAGACCGAAGACCGCUCAACUGUGUCUCAGAGCCCAGAAGACUACGCUUUAUCAUGAAUCACUCAUAACUAUACCAUCGGGGAAGCCGCCAUUACGACUCUACGGCACAGUGUUGCCAUCACAUCUGAAACCUACUAUUUACCCGUCAAGCAGAGGAGUUAUAAUAAAGGAACGAUUGCAAAGGAAAGACAUGUUCACAAUGGCUUUGAAGGUGGACCCGGAUUCUGAAACACCUAAUCUGAAGACAAUCUGCAUAGCUCUGGGCAUAGAGCAAGCGACGCUGCGUUACAGAGGCGACAAAGGAAUCUCCUGGCUGACCCAACUGAUGGACGUGCUCGACGUACUGGAUUUUCCUGUCCCGGGAUACACCCCGUCCACUGUGCUCUCGGAAUUGCACGUGCACGUCGUCGACUGCGCCAUCGAUUACAGACCACUCUACCUUCCGAUCAGAACGGUGGUAACGCUGGGAAACUUCAGCGUAUCGAGUAACCUGAUAGCCGCGACAAACACAUCGUGCCUUCGCUUUCUAGCACAGGAGUGUACGCUGUUUCUGUCCUACUUGCACAACACUAAACCGAACACGACCGUGCCCCAAGACGACGACAAACAGCCAGAUGUUAAUAAAGACUACAUUUGCGUGAUCGAUGUUGGAAUAUUCGAGCUCUCUUUGAGAAUGGAGGACAAAACUAACAACCCAAACGAUUACCCACAAGUGGAUCUAAGCGCAUCAAACAACAUGGUGACAGUACACACUUGCUGGGACUCUGCUAGCGCCCUCUGUCGACUCCUCACGUACGUGGCCUCAGAUGGAGACUCCCAGCCUCCGUAUGAUGCUUCUUCAAGGCACACCAGUAUAUGUUCUGAUCAUCCUUUGGAACCAUUAGUUGGCUUGGAAAAUAGACCAAUAGAAGAAAUACGAGAGCUGUCUCCGAGCGAGAUACAGCAGGUCAAUGAUCUGAUGGCUGAAGCAAUGAAGGAGAGUCCAAACACAACGCUCGAUGAAGAUGAUCUGAACAGUUCGACAGAGAAAGAAGGAGUAGAGAUAUUUUUCUUCCCGGACGAGUCUAAUACCAGACGGAGACUGCCAUCGGAGUCUAUCGAGCCGGAUGCGGAACCUAAAUCGAUUGAGUUCGACGAGGGCGGGCAAGAGAUCCAGGAGAAGCCAACCAGUCAAGUGGCAAAGGAUUUAGGGGACCCCACUGGAUCUCCCAAAACCCCCCAAAAGUCCAGACGAAAAAAGGUUAAAUCCGGCGGCGAUGGGAGCAACACCGACGACGAAUACUGUUUCGUGGAGACCCAACCCAGCAGUCAGGACAACGAUCUGGAUGAGCCAGUCGUGAACUGGAUCGGUUCAGGGCCGGCCUACAUGUUCGACAAUCACUUCAGCGUUCCCGCUGCUAGGACUGAUGUACUUAAAGCACCGAAGAGUUUCCCAUUGCCGAUGUUGCGGUACACGUUGUACGAAAUGAGCAUCACAUGGAACAUGUACGGGGGCAAUGACUUCCGUAAUCCCGCCGACGCGGUAUCUUCCAAGAAAACGGUCACCAUAGAUGACAAUCGUAAAUUAGGAUCCCCUACCUCUGUAAAGCGCAGUAAAGACUACGAGCCGUACGAGAGCGGCCGCGCCAUUGCAGCCGCGUACAGAAGCGGCGGGGUCGGCUGGGCGGCGGGCGCCGACCGAGUGCGGACCAACACGCGCGCGAGCGUGCAGCGCAGGGAACUACGCACCAGGGGCGGACCUCAACGCGACCACAAGACGAAGGUCAAACUGUGCCUCACUAAAGUGAAAUUCCAAUACGAGGUGUAUCCUUCUGGUGGAAUGCACGCGUCCCGGCAAACCCUCGCGAUCAGCAAGAUCGAAGUAUUGGAUCAGCUUGAGUGCAGCGACAUCAACAAGCUUCUCAGCCAGUACAAGUUGAAAGACGAGCCGGAGAGAAAAAACGCCCAUAUGUUAGUUGUGAAAGCGGUACACCUGCGUCCAGACCCGGCACUGACGGCCCAGGAGUGCUGCCUCAAGAUAUCUCUGUUGCCGCUCUGGUUCAACCUCGACCAAGACACGUUGGGCUUCUUGGUGGGAUACUUUUCUAAAUUAGGGUCUGAUGAAUGCAGCGGUGAAGACGACUCAAAAAGCGUCGGAGGUCUGUCGACGGACUCUAGCGGGUCGAGACAGACCACGCCCACCCACCGGCCCCCCGUCAUGACCAUCGCGAGCCACCUCAAGGACCCGCCCCCCACCCCCACCUCGCUGGGGGACGCUGAUGCCCUAUCGCUCAACGAAACUGUGCUUCGCGAUGAAGAGCCUCUAAUGGAGACAUACGAAGCGGAACGUCUGGUCUCCGAGAACCUGAUCCAGCUCGAGGAAGACUUCAACAAACUGGGCAUCGAUCAAGGGAAACCGGCCGCGAAGCUACCCGUCGACGCUGAGCCCGUCGACGACUCACCGAUUUACUUCAGACGCGUGGUGUUUUCCCCGGAAGUACCCAUACGGUUGGACUACGUGGGCAAACGCGUGGACCUGUCGUCUGGUCCGGUCGCUGGCCUGCUCAUGGGACUGGGACAGCUCAACUGCUCCGAGCUCACACUGAAGAGGCUUGACUACAAACUUGGAUUGUUGGGCACGGAGAAACUAGUUCAGUGGGCGUUGCACGAAUGGCUCUCCGACAUAAAGAGGCAUCAACUACCGGGAUUGCUCAGUGGAAUAGGACCGAUGCACUCGCUUUUACAACUCAUAACCGGCAUCCGCGACCUGGUGUGGCUGCCGGUGGAGCAGUGGCGGCGCGACGGGCGACUGGUGCACGGGCUGCGGCGCGGCGCGGCCUCCUUCACGGCGCGCACCGCCGUCGCCGCGCUCGACAUCACCACGCGCAUCCUGCACCUCAUACAGGCCACAGCAGAGACAGCAUUCGACAUGCUGACCCCCGGGCCGACCCUGCAGCUACAAGACGCGUACAACCGCCGGGAGAGGCGUCGCCGGCGGCGGCUGGACCCCUCGCGUCACCCUACCGACAUCAGAGACGGAGUGGCCAGCGCCUAUCAAACAGUCCGAGAGGGCUUCGCGGAGACAGCGGCGACGGUGAGUCUGGCGGCGCGCGAGUCGAGCGGCGUGGGCGUGCUGCGCAUGCUGCCCGGCGCCGCGGUGUCGCCGCUGCUGCUGGCGGCCGCGGGCGCCGCCGACCUGCUGGGCGGGGUGCGCGCCACGCUGGCGCCGCACGAGCGGGGACACUGCGCCGACAAGUGGCGCCGCCACCCUACUCCGGACGCCGUGGACGAUUGAACCGAUGAAGAAGGCUGACGCUGACCGAUCUCCUCGCAGACAUCUCCACAACUACCUUGAUAUUAAUCUUAAGACUUUCAGACAUAUUGGCCUAUAAAAAUAAAAUAAUUUUACACGUACAUCUAAA